CGAGGCGGUCCAGGGGCGGGACUUUCCAGCCCCCAAGCCGUGCCCUGCGAUUCAUUCCGCCGACUGCGCUGCGGCCUCUCUUUGUGCUGCUUCUAGGUGGUCGCGCCUGGGCUAGCUCUCCCCGCUCUUGCUGGCCACUGGGGAUCGCCCCUGGAACACGAUCAACCUCCGGAGGCACCAGUUACUGGGGACGCGCCGUGAUUGGUGGCUAAGUAAGAGGGGCUUUCCAGCGAUUGUGGAAGUCCGGAGCCCUGGCCAGGUUCGUUUCGUCUCUUCCUGGAAAGUGAGCGAUCUGAUCCGUGUUUCCUGACUCCGGAAAUCUGUUCCGUGGCUCUCCUUUCCAGUUCAAAGAAAAGCGAAGAAGCGGGAAUCCUUUUGUCUCUUUGACCUUUGCUCCUCCUUCCUCGCCCCUCAGAUCUGUCGCCUCCCCUGCACAGUGCUCACCAGACCACUUGGGGUCUUUUGCCACCCCCACGCCCCCACCCCGUUGCUGAGCCAUCUCUUCCUUUUUGCACCCUCGGAAAGGCAAAAUGCUGGAGGGGAUGUCUCUCCUACUGACAGCUCCCAAGCGCAUCUGAGGAAGCCAGACAGAAGAGGGACCCUCUGCUCCAGAAAGGGAGAAAUGAACCCUUUUCAGCAGGGAAUAUUAGUGCUGCUCUUCCUGUUCCUAGAGUAUUCAGAAGCCAAAAAGCAGUGCUGGUACUUUGAAGGGGUGUAUCCUACAUAUUAUAUAUGUCGUUCCUAUGAAGAUUGUUGUGGUUCAAGAUGCUGCGUGAGGACUUUGUCAAUCCAGCGACUAUGGUAUUUUUGGUUCCUUCUGAUGAUGGGCGUUCUAUUUUGUUGUGGGGCUGGUUUCUUUAUCCGAAGACGGAUGUACCCUCCACCACUGGUUGAUGAAACAACUUACAACGUGUCGUUUACUCGACCACCUAACUCCAGUACACCAGGAGCCCAGCAGCCAGGAAUGGCCUAUUAUGCAGAUCCAGAAGGAACUAUGAUGAACCCUAUGGCCAUGAGUUACCAUGUGCAACCUAAGUCUCCACAAAUGAACCCAGUUUACCCCCCUCCACCUUCUUACUGCAACACCCCACCACCACCAUAUGAGCGGGCUGUGAAAUCUUCCACAUAAUCUCUUCAUUGCAACCAACAGGGAGUUGGUCAGAAAGGAGAUGAAUCAUGAGCUGAGCUGAAGACUUGUCAGAGCUCUACCGUCCUUUGCUGUUGUUCAAGCUAGAAUAAUUUGGACAAUAGUGAUGGAUUUGCAGCACGGGAUAAAAUAUCUUUUGACAUACUCAAAAUGAGAAGAAAUUUUUUGUGUGCUCCCCGCCCCUGAAACCUAUAUUUAAAUUCCCUUUGCUGACCUUUUUAAUUUAUUCUCUUUGUGAUUUCAAUGUGUAUAGUAACAAUUUUCAAGGUACAGUAUGGUAGCAAGCACAAAACAGUGUCCACCAAUUUAGAAGUCCAGAAAGAGAUUGUAUUAUUUUAUAGAUGAAAAGAGAGCAAGAGAUGGCAGUGGACUGAAAACAGCUGAAGUAGUUGAAGCAGAUAUACUUGUUAAUAAAGCUUGGAGAAAUAGAAAAAGAGUAGAUGAAAGAAACUUGGAGGACCUGUGACGCAACAUGUGGAAAACCUUUCCAUGUCAGAAUAAAACCCCUUUGUUUCACUAGCGCCAACAUUGGAUGGAAGAAGGUUGCACAAUCUUCUGUACUGACAAUUUGUGGAAGGUGAGCUGCCAAAAACAGGAAAAUGCAUUAUCCUUUUGGCAGCACAGAUGUCAUAGCAAACUGCUGAUUUGGUGUGGAAAGGAAGAUGCUAUUGAGGGUCAACCGUAAUUUGCCAAGAUAGAGUAACAAACAACCUUUAAUGUCUGAGAGAUGCAUCUCAAACAGGAGAACUCGAUAAGGAGUCCUGGUUGGUUACAGUGGCCUGAUUACAAACUCAGGUUUGCUUUUAUAUACAGAAUAUGAGAAUUGACCCUUAGACUAGACUUGGAUGUUUAGUAUUCCUUUUCUGCAUUUUGUUUUUAGUUGUAUACUCUUUUUUUUUUUUGAUAUGGUAGCCUUACUUCCAGGUGAAUUUUUCUUUCAUGUGGUGAGUUAUUUAUUCACAGAAUGAAAAUCUUACUGGAAUCUGAGAUUUGUCAGGUACUGAGGAGUGAUUGCAGGUUCUCCAGAAUGUGAUAAACACAUCGUGUAGAAAUUAAGGAGAUUAUAGAAGCCCACAGGUAUAAAUCUCAUUGCUCCAUCAGAAGUAUGAGUCUCGGUUUUGCUUGUUAGAAAUGUCCUGUAUAUGACUGCUGUUACUGGCAUCACAAAGAUCUGUGAGCUCAGCUCCUUGAUCUGUUUUCACUGAAGAAUAAACCUUCCUAAGGUUACCAGGUGUAUCUGAACUGUUUUUCCUUUAGCUUAGUGUCUGUAGCUAAACUGGGAAGCUAGGCAGUGGUAGAGUCUCCCCUUUUCCUCCACUCCCUAGUCUUUGACUUUUCAAUCUAUAACUGAUGUGCAACAGGGAGAAGAGUGGCAUUCAGAGGGAGAGAGAAGAAAACCAGAUGAUGCUACAUUGUGCCUAGAUGCUUAUGUGAUUGGGUACUGUAUCCAUCCUUCAUCCACCCAAAAUAUUGGGCUUCCCAGUCUUAAAGGAAAUGGAAAAUCUUUAAGCAAUCUGUAGGGGUACCUGAGAGGCAUGGACACCUUUGGAGGCAGUAUUCAAACCAGACUUUGCUUUUACUUAAUUCAGUACCUUGAAUGAGUACAUGUCACUUCUACUUAUUGUAUAUUACUCAAAUGAAUAUAUUUUGAAAAAAGUGAGGAACUCUUUAUGCAUUACAUUUUUAGACAUAUACCUAAGCUUUUUUAAAUGUUUGUGUACAAUAUGUAAAGGAUUUGCAUCAUGCCUGUAAUGCAAACAUGUAUGGGCAUUUUUUCAAGAAGCAAGACUGCUGGAUUGGCUUAUUCUAGCUUGCCUUCUGUAAUGUAUGAAGUUGCCCUAAGCCUCUAAUCCUUAAAGAUAGUAAGAAAGAUGUUAUUGCUGCUCAACUUCUGUGUCUUGCUUCUGAGUAAAGUGCAGUAAAUUAUUAAAUUCUAGAUCAUUUGCACUUCAGGAAUUUCAAGUUUAGUUUCAUGAGUAUUUAAACUGGGCUGUAAUGAAGAGCCAGUUUCAUUGUCCAGUUUCAGAUGUAGUCAAACUGAUCUUGUGAACAUCGUUUGAACUACACAUCUCAGCUUAAUCCUUUAAUCUGAAAUAGCUGUUUUGUGUACUAUUCCCUGAAUAUCUUAAUAUCUUUCUCAGUUUUAAUUACAAGGGACAGUUGCUGUUCUAAGUUAGAAACUUUGGCAGGACCAAAGCUCAUAACAUAACAUCACAUAACACAUAACACAACACAUAACACAUAACAUAGCAUACAUCAACUGAGGGUAUCUGAAACAGCACAGCACAACAUUCAGCCUGCAGAACCUUCAUUCAUGAUGAAAUAGAGGCCGUAGUUGACAAGUUAGAGUGAAAAUAUGUAUUCCAGAGAAUUGAAUGUAUGAAAGUAACAACUACUGAAUAACAAGGAAGGUAUGUGGUCUGUGUGCAUGCAAAAAAAAUCAAUUUCAAUUGAGGCCCCAGUUCUUGAGAAAAAUACUUUUAUUAUGUAUAGAUUUUCAGUAUUCUUUGAGAAAGCAGCUGUUAUUGUUUCAGAGGCUUUGCUGCAGAAUAAAACUUCAAUCAAAUUAUUUCUGAAAUUCACUAGUGUAAGAACACUAAGUAGCAAAUCAUAAGCUGCCAAAAGUCAUCAGUAUAAUUUGAGUUAAUGGGAACUUUAGGCAUUAUCCUGCAAAAUUAAGUCCUAAGAAUAUCAAGUGGAGAAAGGAG